AUGGAAUCGGUCGGCGAGAGCGACGACAUGGUCGAGGACUCUGAAGGCAGCGGCCCUGGCGACUCUGACACCUCCGAAGGCUCCGAUGAACCCAAUGGCUCUGACACCUCCGAAGGCUCUGACGACUCUGACGACUCUGAUAGCGACGAUGGGAUGUGGAGGACCACGCACUCGCUUGGCAAGAGCGAUCCAGAUGCGUCAGAGGUGUGGCCGCAUCUGACCAACGUGAAGCCAUCGAGGGUCUUCAAGACGACCAAGGAUGUCAACUUUUAUGGAGCAUCGGAUCGAUACGUGGUCUCGGGAUCGGACGACGGAUACGCCUUCAUCUGGGACAAGAGGAGCACCAGGCUCGUGCAGCUGCUUGCAGGCGACUCGGAGGUCGUCAAUGUCAUCCAGGGCCAUCCGCACGCUCCCGUCAUAGCCGUCAGCGGCAUCGACAGCACCAUCAAGAUCUUUGAGCCCAUCUACCCAAACAACCGGCUGUGGAGCUUGGACAUGGAUGCCUUGGAGGCGGCCCAGCAGGAGGCGGGACUGGCGACGGGCAGCUGGCUUCCAGACUCCCACCUGAACCGAGACGUGCAGCCCCGUCCGUCCUCAAAGCUGUUUCCCGUGAACUGCUGUUUGCAGUACUCGAAGCGGCUGGACACGGACUCGGUGGGCGACCACGGCUCGUCCUCGGAUGGGGUCGAGUCGGAAACGACACCCGCUCAGUUCCCGCCAACCGACGUCACCACUACCCCGGCGCUGCCGCCGAGCUCGUCGCUCAUGAGCCAAGCAUCCCGGAUCUGCUCGGAAAACAUCGGCUUUAUUGGACACCGCCUCUACCGCCGCCGACAGUCGUCGACCUUUGCUGCGAUCCAGAGGCUGUUGCUCUAUGGCUCCAUCUUUCACGCUCACAGCAGCAACAUCGACGACGCCUCCGACAGCCACAACGACAGCGACGAAGGCCAAGAAAGCUGUCCGGGGAUCGAGAAGAUCGGAAAGCCAAGAGCGAGACUCAUUCUCCCUCGCCAAGUUGCGUUGGUGACUGAGACGGACGAAGGUUUGGUGAAUGAGACGGACGAAGGUUUGGUGACCGAGACGGACGAAGGUUUGGUGACCGAGACGGACGAAGGUUUGGUGACCGAGACGGACGAAGGUUUGGUGACCGAGACGGACGAAGGUUUGGUGACCGAGACGGACGAAGGUUUGGUGACCGAGACGGACGAAGGUUUGGUGACCGAGACGGACGAAGGUUUGGUGACCGAGACGGACGAAGGUUUGGUGAAUGAGACCGACGAAGGACAGUCCCAAACCAUGUUGUGCAAACGAGCAAGACACGGCCUUUCUCUGUGUGGGCAACAGUGA